UGGUUAAAACUGUUAACAGACAGGUUGUACUUAGUACCUUCAUAGAGGUGUAUGUAAGUGCGAACGUCUCUUCGAACAUAUAUAAAUGUAUUACUCGUAAUAUAGACAUCAAUCAUAUUUUGUCAGGUUUAUACAGCGGAAGAGUUUACUUAUAAAGAUGAUAGUGGACAAAAUGUGGUUUUCAUUCGUAUUUUUAUUUAAUUUAUACUGUGUUCUGGGACAUUUGUUCACGUGCACUGAAAAUUUUCAGGAAUCUAAAAAGACUGCCGUUCAAUUGAUGAAAAAUAUGGAUAAAUACAUUAGACAAGAGGAAUUAAAGAUUGAAGUAUUAAAAAGAAUAUCAAAAAGCGUUAAAAAUCAGCUGACAGAGGAGUUAACUGGAACAAAACCAGUACCUCCUAAUCCUGUUUCUAUGUACCUGUAUGCAAAAACUAUCAGUGACGCAUCGUAUUCUAUUGGUAAAAUAUACAACAACCUCAAAGAUGAUAAACAACUAAAGGAGUUGCAAGCGACUUUUAACUCUAAGUUACCCUCGGAAGUAGAUCUGCAAGGCGUUCUUACAUCGUUCGUCAGGCUUCAGAACACAUAUAAUGUUACACCUGGAGAGAUGGCAAGUGGAGAUGUACUAGGAAUAAAAGUUCCAAUUUUAAGUGCGUACGAUUGCUAUGACAUUGGCAAGUAUGUAUAUGAGAAUGGACUCACAAGAAUAGCUUUACAGUGGAUGCAGGCAUCAUUAGAUAAGAUAAAACAUUUGAACUCCACAAAAGCAAAAGAUUUCUCAGCAGAUUUAAAUGAAUUCAUAACAGAAAUCAAAAGACAAGAUCUAAAAGACAGAAUACGAACAAGGAUGCAAAUAUCAACCAAUCAACUGCCUGGAUUUAACGCAACAGAAGUAAAAGAAUUACAGUUAGUGGUAGCAAACAAUUCAAUGAUAUAUUAUGGGGUAGAAAGUAUUAGAAAUGCGAAAUUUGUGAAGAAAUAUGAAAACACAUGUCUGAAAAGAGAUACUCGCUUUGGUGGAGUUUGUAAAUAUUUAGGAAUUAAAGAGUUUACUUUUUACAAACAACCAAUCAAAGUGGAGUACAUCAAUAAAUCCCCAAUGAUACUGAUCGUCCAUGACAUCAUUAGUCAGAAUCUUCUCGAGAAGUUAAAAGGAUUUGCAAACCAGUUAAAAAGAUCAUCAGUAAUGAGUGAGGAUUCAGUUUCCAGGAAAGCCGAUUCCAAUGCAAGAACUAGCUCCACGUAUAACUUUAUGGACGAUAUGACUGAUCCUGAUGUUAUGAAGUUUAAUGGACUUCUAGAACGUCUAACUGGACUAAGAACAAACUCUCGACAAGCCGACCACUUGCAGGUUGUUAAUUACGGUAUCGGCGGAGAAUAUCAGCCACAUUUUGAUUGGCUUGAUGAAACACUGAUUGAUGAUUUUUUUCGUACUGGAACAAACAGGGUUUUGACUAUAAUACUUUACUUGAGUGACGUGGAAGUCGGCGGUUCGACAGUUUUUCCAGAAUUAGGACUUGCUGUGUCACCUGUGAAGGGUUCAGCUUUAUUUUUUACAAAUUUGGACAAAGAUGAACAGGGUGACCGAGCAACAUUACAUGCAGGAUGCCCAGUAUUUUUUGGAUCAAAGUGGAUCGCCAACAAAUGGAUACAUAAAAAAGACCAGGAUAUGAAUUUUCUGCAGACCAUUCCCUCAAUUUGGAAAUAUUUUUAGUCCAUGAUUUCAUGGGACAAUUUUGAAGAACAAUAUUAAGUCUCUAUGCAAAUAUUUAACUAAGAUUAAAAAUUUGAUUUACACAA